AUGAGAGAGGAGAGGACGGGAAGGAGAGGGGAAGAACUACUUACACUAACACCUACUACUACUACUACUACUACUACUACUACUACUACUACUACUACUACUACUACUACUACUACUACUACUACUACUACUACUACUACUACUACUACUACUACUACUACUACUACUACUACUACUACUACUACUACUACUACUACUACUACUAUGAGACUAUACGUACACUCUGUAUUUGACAUAUAUGACAGACAGUCGAAACCAGUGGAAAACCCGAGUUAUGGCUAUAUUGGCCCGGCUUACAUAGUACCAUAA